GGUGUGUCAUGUGGUUGCAAAACACGAAAAGCGCAGUCUAAAGCAGAAGACAUUUUUUACUCUGGAAAAGGCUAAUGACAGCUCGUCUUCUCACAUAAAAGACAAAAACAUCAACAUAGUGCUGCUCAGGAUGUGAUGCACUAUGCCUUCCUGGGAGAGCCAAGCAUGUCAGAGAAAAACUUUAUUUGUGUGUGCCGUCACAUCCCUUGGUCUUUUGGUGGGACUGCUGAUAUUUGUUGUCACAUAUCUGACACUCAGCUGGCAGGAUGUCAUUGAAGAGGAUGUGUCCUAUGACCUGAAUGACGACUGCAGAUCCAAAGUCAGAGUUGUGACUGAUGCAGCCAUAAUGCAGACCUGGGACGCCAGAACAAACUUCAGUCAAGCGUGGAGCAACGCAGAGCAAAAAGCUAGAGAGCCCGCACACAAGUACAUGGAGAAAGAUCAUUCCAUCACCAUAUACAUGUACACAGAUAUUAUGCUGCAACCUGCCAAGACUGCAGACAGACGUGGAAAACGACCAGAGGAGAUAUUUAAGCCACGCUCCCUUUAUUUUUCCCUGAGUGAAGCCAUUCAGAUUCUGAGGCACAGUCAGGUGACAUGUCUCAGCACAAGUUACAGAACAGAGACCCUUCUACAUCUGAACAUCUCUGACAAACUGAUUCGCUUCAGCACCUUCGUGUUAGGAUCUGAUAGGGGGAACUUUACAAGGAAUGCUUCGUGUUUUGAAGUACACACAUGUUUUGGUGCUGAUGUAACACAUUACUCAGCCUUGAAACUAAACAGUCAGGUGCUGAUUCCUCCCUACGAGGUGUUCAAAGUCACAGACACAGAGACGGACACACAGAGGUGUAAAGUCGUCUACAGACUGAAGAGCAACCUGAACUGUGUUUAUGAUAGAGAGAGUUAUAUGCUGCACCCAAUAUCUGCAUUACCAGUGGAGGGAUUCUGGCUCAUUUUUGUCAUCACUUGUAUGAUUAUUGUAUCUCUUUUGCUACCCUUUGUCAUUGUGAAGGUGUUAGACAACCACAACAAAACUGCUGUUUACAGUGCCCCAUCAUUGCAUAGCAGCACUUACUACCCUGAAGGAGCUGUCAUUUAAAGGGCCAGGUUUGAUUUUUUAAUAAAGAUGGCGGCAUUCACACUGUG